AUGUCAUCGUGGUUCUCGGAUGAGGCUCUUGGUCUCUUGGAGGCUCGUAAUCUCCGUGAAGUGACGGCAUUUCGUGACUUAAUUGCGUCAUAUCAGCAGUUAUUGUUCCGAUCUCCAAGCUCAUCCUCUUUGAGUGCGUCACUGCGUCUUCCGAGUGCCCAGGAGCAAGAUAAUGCUGCAGCACAGAAAUAUCUAACGGCCAUUCAGCGACUAGAGCAUGAAGUGGCGGAAAAGAACGCACAGCUAGCGAGAUAUGUAGGUCAGCAAUUAGCGCUUGUAAAUGAGAGUAAAACGCUGCUACAGGAACGUGAGAAUUGGAAGCAAAAGCUGCAGCUAACGACAAAACAAUUGGACGAAGAGACCAUGUUGAGUCUUGAGAAGGAUAAAGCUCUGAAGGAGUUGGAUGCUGCGCUUUUGCUGGCAAAGGAAGAGCUGAGUAGAUAUAGAAUGCUGUUGGAGAAUAGUGAGAAGGAAACAGAAAGACUGAGAAAGAGGAAUGCAGAGCUAGAGACUCAAGUGCACGAGAAGAGUGCGCUGCUUCAUGAGUGGAUUCAAACAGAGGAACAUCCAUGCCGUGCACUAGUAGCAAGAAUGACUCAGGAGACGGCAGAAAGCAUGAGUCACUUGUUACUGAAUAAGGAGGAAGGAGAAAACGGAACUGACGUUAAAGCCAAGUUAAUUACUCGUAUGACGCACUCGAUUCGUGCUCAUGCGACAGAAGUGAACUCGGUGUGUUUCAACACGUCGGGCAAAAUCUUGUUUAGUGGAAGUAGUGAUGGCACAGUGAGAGCUUGGGAAGCAGAAGCGGAGGUGUCGUCUUCUCCUAGAGCAUUGGGUGAGUACAGAGGCAUAGGGACUGCGCACCCAUUGCUAUGUGUGCGCGCGUCAGAGGAUGGCGCGCUGGUUCUAGGAACCGGAUGCGAUCGAAAGUGCUUUGUGUGGAGAGUGGGCACUGGACGCGUCAUGCAGACGCUUACAGGACACAAGGGCAAAGUGUUGGCUGCCGAGUUUUCGCCUGUCUUGCCUCAUGAAGUAAUUACCGGCUCGUCGGAUCGCAGUUUGCGUGUGUGGGAUGUUAUGCGUGGAGUGCGACUGCAGACUGUCAGCUGUGUAUCAAGUUGCAACGACAUUGCUACACCCUCAGGAACCGAUGCGACGUUUGUGCAGUACGCGAGUGCUCACCAAGACGGUGCUGUUCGCUUCUGGGAUACGAGGACACGGCGUUGCGUGCAGGAGCUGCGCGGACUUCACACUGACCAGACUACAUCCGUGAGUUUCGGUGGCAACGAGCUCCUCACAAAUUCUCGCGAUCAUACUUUACGCGUCAUUGAUCCACGCACUUACUGCGUACUACGUGAGCUGCGUCACAAAGACUACCAAUGUGGGUUCGACUGGAGCCAGGCUUCUCUCAGUCCGGAUGGUCGUUACGCAUUGUCCGGUGGAGCUUCCGGUAUUCUUUUUAUCUGGAACGCAUGUACUGGAAAACUUGAAAAGCAGUUGCAACCUGGUUCCACGGGCCACCACGGAGCUAUUGCGUGUUGUGUGUGGCGUCCUGACGGUCAAGGCGUUGCGUCAUGUGACAAGAACGGUGUCGUGAUGCUCUGGGGGUAA